CAGCACGAUGGAGGAGGUCAGGACAUUCAUGGAGGAGGAGGACUCGUGGGCCGCCGACGUUCCACGGGGAGGAGGCGAGGUUCACAGGAACACCCGGUUCAUCGUGGACUGCGUCGUGCUGAUCAGGAGCGCCGUGCUGAACUACCACUUCGAGAACCUCCGUGCCCUGAUACACGACACCAUCGAGUAUCUGAAGGAUCUGCUGUGGAGGAAAUCGAAACUGUGCACGGACCAAAGCCUGAGGUACCUGUUCCUGCUCAACAACUCCUGUUUCGUGACGCAGCAGCUCGAGUCAUCCAAGCUCAUAGCAUGGGCCCAAAACCACUGGGAGCUUCCGCCGGAGAGCGAGAAGUACAUUGACUGUUACUUCGAGGUGUCAUGGGCUCACGUGCUGUCCUGCAUAUCUGAGUCGACCUCCGGGCAGCUGCUCCGCUGGAACAACGGUUCGUCGCUCGCUAGGUUCCUGUCGGCGUUUCAUCGGAUCUACAAGCUUCAGAAGUUCUGGAAGGUGCCAAGCCCCCAGCUCAGGCGCAUGCUGCGGAAAACCAUCACCGAGAGGGUUAUUACGGGCUACCUCGAGUACCUGGAGGAGCAUCCGGAGCUGGAGAAGCGCAUCAUCUUUGGAAACACCACUCCGGACGACUUGGAGGAGAUGCUGGGAGAGCUGUUCGAAGGAUGAGACUGCUCCACAUUCCCGGGAACAAAUAAAAUAAGAGGCGCGAGAUACCUUAUCAAUUGGCGGCUUUGAGAAGCGUCCUGAUUUUAGUAUUGUUUUUCACCUUG